AUUUUUUUGUGCAUCAGCAUCACUGGGUCAGCUGGAUGCAGAUAUAACCGGAAGGAUGCUGCGGUUGGGGGGGAAGUCGUGCGGAUUCUGUGGUUUGACGAGCCCGAGUUUCUUUUCUUCGUCUUUCGCUUUGUGUUAAAUAACCUCAUAACCGCAAUGUUCCCAUCCUGUUGCUCCAAAUCCGCAGACAGCGGAGGGAAGAAGAGCUCCGUCGCCAAGCUGCUGCUCGGAGUCUUCGUGGUGUAUAUGCUGCACACCGCCUGGCUGCUGUACGGCUUCCUCAACACCAAACCUUGCGAUGGAGGCAGGGGAGAUCCCUGCAUCACUUCCUACCUGGCAGCUAAACCCAGACUGCAGAUGAGUGUCUAUACCUGCCUUGUCCCAGAUAACAGCCAGCUCACCCUCGCUGUGAGAGUAGAUCCCUUUGACCCUCAUUCUGCAUUUGAGAGACAGGUGAGCAUCUCUCUGCCAGAGGAGACUCGGAAUAAUGGCUCUCUCUAUGCGGUUGUUUAUGUUCACAAAGCUGGUGUUUCACCCCUGGAGGACAAAACAGAGGUCCACUACACUGCUCAUCUUACCACAUAUGUAACUGCUCCACACACAGAACGACAGAAGAGCACAAUGAAGAAGCCUGGAUCUGAGAGUCCUGUGUCGCAUUGGAGACCGCACCUGUCCGUCACUGUGAUGUCAGAGGAGUUCAGCUUCAGCAAGGCGGGGCUUCCCAGUGACGUGCGCCGCUACAUGAGGGUCUCCCAGGAGGGCAGACAAAUGAUGUAUUUGCCUCUGCUGCUGGUCAAUGAGCUCAGCUGCAGAGUCAAAGAUCUCAUGGAGGUCAACAGCAGCAGCAUGCAGCUCCCACUGACCGUGUCCUAUGAAGGAAUCUCUCUGACAACUUUCAGGUUUUGGAUCCAUCUGCAUGAUAUAGUUUAUUCCCUCCGACAGUUUGGCUUCACUGAGGAGAAUAUUGAUGAGAUUAAAGAGACUCUAAUAGGAUCCAACCUUUACCUAUUAGUGCUGACCGCACUGGUCACAUCUUUACAACUCAUUUGUGACUUUCUGGCUCUGAAAAACGACAUAAGUUCAUGGAGGAAAAAGAAGAGCAUGGUGGGAAUGUCGAGGAAGUCAGUUCUAUGGCGUUGUCUCGGCACUUUGCUGAUUUUUCUCCAUCUGCUGGAGGAGACCAGUCUGCUGGUGCUUCUUCCUGUCGGGCUGGGAGCAUGUGUAGAGGUGUGGAAGGUGUUUAAAGUGUUUAAAAUUCAGCCAAGCAAGAGGUUUCAUACAAACAAGCUCGAUGAAGAGGAGCGAAAGACGGUGGAGUACGACACGCAGGCCUCCAGAUACUUGUCCUACUUGGUGUAUCCUCUGUGCAUCAGCGGAGCUGUUUUCUCUUUGGGCUACUUGCGCCAAAAGAAUUACUAUUCCUGGCUGGUCAACACCCUGGUUACUGGAGUGUUUGCACUUGGCUUCUUAUUUAUGGCUCCUCAGCUCUUCAUCAACCACAAGUUGCAGUCUGUGAGCCACCUGCAGGGGGCAGUGUUGAUGUACAGAGGAGUGAACACACUCAUUUCUGAUCUGUGCUCCUGCGCCUCCUUCUUCUCGUCUUCUGUUCCUUUCACCUCCUCACAUCAGCUGUCCUGCUUCAGAGAUGAACUCGUCUUCCUCCUUUAUCUCUACCAGAGAAGACAUUAUGCUUCAAUACCAAAAAGAAGAGAGAGUAUCUCUAAGAAAGUCAAGACCCAGUGAGUAGAAGACAAACUGAUGUACUGAAGAGCCAAUGGACAGUACCGCAGACGGCUCAUCUCUGUAUAACAGAGACUGAUCCACCUCAAAGACUGGAACAAGGCAGGAACCUUCAUCUCGUGUGCUGGUGUGGUGACGGACUGAUCUGAGACCAGCUGUUCUGCUUCAGAAUCUCCACUGCUGUAUUUGCACAGCUAAUGCUUUUGGUUUGCCUCUAAUUAAACUUUCAUUUUACUGCUGCAGGGAGGGAGCACAAUCAUCUAGGAAAGGUUUAAUCUUUGGUUGAUUCUCAGUUUCAGCAUUAGUAUGUACUUUAUUUGGCUGUGGUGUUGAAACAGAUCAAGCAUUAAUUAAAUAAUCACCUUUAAUUUCUGACUUCAAUAAAAAUCGAAAGGCCCAUAAACCAAUCUCCCUUUAAAUGUUUAUUUAAGGUGCAGUGAAAAGUUAUAUUCUUUACUAUUUUAAAGUUUGGAUCAGUAGAAUAUGUACAUGCCCAUGCCAGCAUUCAUCUGAAGCCAUAAACACCAAUAGAACCACAAGAGCAAAUGGGAAACAUUUUAGGUUUACCUAAAGGCAGCGGCUGAUCCACAGUAAAACUAGAAAGCUACUCAGAGAGAGGAGACCUCCGCCAAGGCCACUGGAUGUCAGCUGCUGACAGGGUGAGGAACCAUGUCCAGGUCAUCCCAAAAUCCAAUCAUAUGCACCUUGUCUGGAAAUUUGAUGAAAAUCCAAUCAUAUAUUUUUGAGUUAUUUUGCAAACAGGCAAGCAAGAAAACAGACCGACCAGCAGUAACAAAAACAUUUCCUCCUUGGUGGAGGUAAUAAAGUUCUGUCAGCCUUGAUGUUACCUGGUAGCAAAUGAUCAUGUCUGUAUUAGAAGGGUCUAUAAUAUAUAUUAUAAGGCUCUCAUAAAUAAUUUUAGACUAAGCUUUAGAAGUUGCGGGCUACGGUGGGAGUUUUUAUAUCAUAUACUGCAGAUUAGAAAUAAAAAAUGUUACACAGAAAGAUGCUUUCCAGCCAACUUCAACUUCAUAUCAUGCAUUUCCCACUUUACAGAGUAAAGUAGGAAAUUUUGUUAGCUAUUUUUUGUCUUUUUAAACUUCAAAAAGAACUGAGGUAUUAAUGCUUAUUUAUAUUCAGACGAAGAAAGUAAAAAAAUCAACAGACCUUAUUUGUCCUUUUUGCUCUUGUUGGCAGUUGCAAAUGUCUAUCUCUCAUUUGUGGUUGGAUAGUUACAAGCCUGAGUAAACAGGCCGAACAGUGUAAUCAGCAGGUCUGAAGAUUGGUCUCUGAAAAGUUUAUCAAAUCACAAAGGCAACGGAAAAACCCAUGUUUUAUUCAGCUGAUUCCAGGAGGUGGAAUUAAAGUGUGAUUUGGAUGUAACCUUCAGGUACGUUGCAACAACCUCAGCCAAAUGUAUUAUUUAGUCUAUUUAUAGGUGUGAUGUUUCAGUAUGUAAUUUAUCUUCCUUCACACAGCAUCAUCAUCAGUCUUGUUUAAAUUAACGUUUGCAUGGUCACUACUACAUUAUCAGCCUAAAGGGUUGCCCCAUGGGAAAAAAAAUCAAUAAAGAAACCAUGAACAAUAUCGCACAUUUUAAAGUAAAAUGGUGUUAAUCAGAUCCUUUUCUAACUUCUUGUAAUACCAAGCUGUGCUACAGUGCUAACUCUAGCUUGCAUGUAAACAAGAACAAGUGCAGAUUUGGUUUCAACUGUGCUAUUUCUUUACAUUCUGUCUAAUAAAAUAGUGCUACAACUAA